AACAAUACCACCUAUAGUAAAAGGCCUGAGCGCUGAAUCGUUAUCACCUUCUGACGUCACACCUUAAGGGGACUCGAUUGUGUUUACCAUUUGAAUUUUAACGUAUGAUUAAAUGGCGAAUUCGUGAAAUUGAGUAAAACUUUCGUUGAAAAAGUUAUUAAAAUGAUAAAUAAUUAAUUAAAUUCGUUCUAAAAUGUGGUACAGUGAUGAAAUAUUGUUGUGUUCAAUCAUUGGUGGUGUUGGUUUACUUUCUUUUUGUACAAAAACGAAUUUUUCGCAAUCUGUUGUGUUGUGUGAUUUGAACAUGUAGAUAUCAAGUGAAUUGAAAAAUGAAAACUAAUGUGUGUAUGUGCUUGUGUUUUACUCUUAACUGGAAUAAUGUCAUAGUGAAAUGAAUAGACCUGAACCAUAAAAUCUACAAUGCGUUUUAAAUCUGCAUAUUAUUGAGUACAACAAUCCAAUCCAACUACAAAGUGAAAGUACAAUGGAUAACCUAAUCAAGAAACCAUUAACGGCAUUAACCAUCAACAUCUCAAAACUGAAACCAAUUAGCUGAAAGUGUUCUAGUCAUUAAUUUAUCACUCAAGUUGGUUAUCAUCAAUCACAUUGCUGCUGAAGAAACUGUGUGGUUUUCCGUUUUUUACCUGUGUAGUUGAAAUGGAAUUGGAAAUGGAAUACAUACUUCGGAAUAGAGUCAAGAGUGUUGAUAUCAUUUAAUUUUUGUGGGAUUUUGAUGAAUUAAGGAUUAUUUGACAAAUAUUUCAUUCGAUUUCACCAGUGAGUUGUAUAAUAUCCUUCAGAAGGUAUAAUUUUGUCAAGUUUAUGCAUUAUUUUCAUCUUUAAUGUUGAAAAACAAUGUUGUUUAACCUCGUUUUUUUAUUUUUGUUUUCAUUUAAAUCAUUCGUAGGUGAUCUUAAAUUCAUUAUGCAUGUGAAUAAAAUAUGAAAAAUAAAAUUUUCACCGGAUUUAAUUCGUUGGAGUGCAUUUUUCUUUCAUUUCUAUAGUGUAUUACCAUAUGUUAGAUAUGUAAGUAUUCCCCUUUAGUGAUGACGUCACAAAACAGCGCUCAGGCCUUUUACUAUAGGUGGUAUUGGAGUAAACCAAUACAAUGAAUUGAUGUGCAGAUUUACCAAAGGUAAACCUAAAAAUGGACUUUCCUUGAAGUACACUUCAUUCUCACCCAGGAUAAGGGUAAACCUUGUUUUGGUAAACCUGUGUUUUUACAUUCUCUCCAAUUCGACUUCUCACCUUACAAACUCUACUGAUAAGAAUGAUAACGAUCGCUCAUGCAGCCCGCCGUUGGCGCCGUUGCACUUUCCGCAUAUUUAUUUCUACUUCUGGUUUCUUGAAUUCUUACAAAUUAUUUUGGAUAAUCACUCGCCAUCAAUAAAUUCUUUUGAAACAGGAAUCUCGAAUGAUUGUUGUAUGAGAGAAAAGUAAAACGAUGUGUUUUGCUGUGGAUUGUGAUCAUAAGUUUGGCCGCACCAGUUGUGCGAAUUUCCGAUUUCCUACAAAUAGACGCGAACGUAAAAAAUGGAUAGAUGCUUGUCGUCGAUUUGAUAGAAAACCCAAGGAAUCUGAUAGAGUUUGUAAGUGUCACUUCGUGGACGGUAAAAGGCAUAACGGACCGACUCUUUUUUCAUGGAAUGCAACAAUAGUUACACCUCCGAAGUUUAAUAAACCACAGCAUCAUUUAAAACCGAAAAAGGAUCAUGUGAAGACGCGCGCAUUGAUCUGUAAGGCGAACAAGGUGACGAAGAAAUGUAACGGUGAAGUUACUGAAGUCGAUGCAUUGCAGACUCAAAUCAGCGAUCUUGGCACUAAAAAAGAGUUAGAUAAACUAAAACAUUUUAAAUCGGAAAAGGAUUAUGUGACGACGCGCGCAAUGAUCUGUAAGGUGAACAAGGCGACGAAGAAAUGUAACGGUGAAGUUACUGAAAACGAUACAUUGCAAACUCAAAUCAGUAAUCUUCGCAAAGAAAUAGAGAAACUAAAAAAACAUCCCUUCGGUUACCACUGUGUUGAAAACGAUGAAAAGUUACUGUUGUAUUAUACAGGACUGACGAAAGUUGUAUUUUACGUUGUGCUGGAUUCGUGUGCCAAAUCUGCGUUCAGGUAUUUCCUCGGUUGGAAGGUGGAGGAUCUCGAUUUAAAAGAUCAACUAUUAAUAACGUUAAUGAAACUGAGACUGAAUUUAGACUACUUCGAUCUAGCAGUACGUUUCAAUACCUCCGAAGAUACCAUUAAUAACAUUGUUCUAACGUUCGUCAAUUUACUGCACGAGAUUUGGUACGUUCGCAAAAUCAACGAAAUUACUUCCGAAGGGACUGCCAAGCCUGAUAGAAUGAUCGUAGGAUUCGCCGAAAUUGAUACCGUAGUACCAGAACAAACCGAUGAGACUGACAAGCCCAGUAAAAAGUAUAAAAAUACUUUGAAAUGUAUGGUGGCUAUUGAUCCCAAUGGAGGAAUUACUCAUUGUAGUAUGCUCUAUCCGGCGUCCACACAUGAUAAAGUGAUUAUGAAACGAUCUGGGAUCGCUGAAAAAUACCAAGAUAUUGAAUUUACGAUGAUAGAUGGAAGUUCUGUAUCGAGUAACACCAGUUUGGAAGUAGAUUCUGAAGUACAUACUCAAACUAUUAAACGAUUGAGAGAUUUCAGCAUCCUGAAUUUUAUACCGAAACCUCUUUUUACCCAUUCGAGUAAAGUAUUUCAAGUCUGUGGGGCUUUAGCCAAUCUGGUUAAUCCUCGGUUGAAACUGAUUGACCAGUCAAAUGCCACUGAUGUAAAGGAAGAAAGUGGUGGUGAUGAUAUUAAAACUGAAUUCGAUGAAGAAGUCAGUUUAGAAUUCGAAACUGCGGUAUUUGCAGAUGGUUUGGAUACAGUUUCAUGUAAAAGUGAACCUCUAUCUGAAUACGAAGUGGAAUUUAGUGUGGAGAAUGGAGCUGAAUCUGAAGCUGAACUUGAAGUACAAUUUAAUGUGGAGAAUGGACUUCAAUCUGAAGCUGAAUCUGAAGUAGAAUUUAUUAUGGAGGAAUUCGAUCUCGAGUUGGAAGAAGAAUUUUAAAGAAACUUUCUUCGACGUCUUCGGUUUUCUAAGUUUUCUUAUUAAUUCCAAUUUAAUAAUGCGAAUGUGAUUUUUAUAUUUUUUAUUUUACGUAAGACUAUUUAUGAGUUUUUCAUUUUUUGAAAUGAGUGUUUUGUUUUUUUUAAUAAAUUAAAGAAGUUUUUCUUUUGAAAA